AUGCCAUCCACUAGCAACGAGGACAGCACAGUCGCGGCACUUCCGCAGCCGUGGGUUUCGCAGGUAUUCCGCGUGUCGGAGACCGGAGAGGUCGGACGUAGCUCAAGCAUCCAAGACAUUCGCGACAAGGAGAAGGCACUGAUCGGUCCCGAGAAGUCUUUGAGCACUGUCGGGUCGGAUAUUGACCCGUUGGGAAUGUCUACAACCUCGUUCGACUUUGAGGAAGGUGACGCCGACACGUCUAGCUCAUCUACAGUUCGCGACGGCAGUGUCUGCGUAGACAACGAGGUGGAAACAUCGGAUGACGAGACUGACGACCAGUUGCUGCGUGGAAUUGCGGACGAUAUGAUCGGUCACAGCGUGCCGUUCCAGUCGCCGUUUGGUGUCAAAGCGCAGUGCUACGCCGACUACACGGCGAGUGGUAAGUCCUUGGCAAGCAUCGAGCAGUUCAUGCGUAACAAAGUCAUGCCUACGUAUGGUAACACACACACGACGACGUCCGUCACGGGUUUGCAGACGACGGCAUUCCGCGAAGAAGCCCGUCAGAUUAUUGCAAAGGCUGUGAAUGCGCGCGAGUCAAAGGACGUGGUUCUGUUCUCUGGUCAAGGAUGUACUAGUGCCAUCCAGAAGUUUAUUUCGGCUCUAGGAAUCAACACUGCCAAGCGACUCCGGAUCUCAUCCAAACGUCCUGUAGUCUUCACGGGGCCAUUCGCACACCACUCGAACCUGCUACCGUGGCGUGAAAGCCUAGCGGCCGACAUUGUGGAGAUUCCCGAGGCUAAAGGUGGCGGUCUCGACGUAAAGGAGCUAGAGCGCCAGUUGAAGAGCUACAGCAGCCGUAAGCUCAAGAUCGGUACCUUUACUGCUGCUGCAAACCUCACUGGUAUGCUCAUGGAUGUCAACGAGGUCUCGCGAUUGCUACACAGACAUGGCGCCUUGGCCUGCUGGGACUACGCUACCUGUGCGCCGUACGUUGAUAUCGAUAUGAACCCGAGUGACCCUCUAGCCUACAAGGACGCCAUCUUCUUCUCAGGCCACAAGUUUGUCGGUGGGCCAGGAUCUCCUGGUGUAUUAAUCGUGAAGAAAAAACUCAUGAAUACUGAGGUUCCGACGAUGCCUGGAGGCGGCACCGUGCUGUUUGCCACCGAGAAAGCUCACAGCUACUUGAACGACAUCGUAGAGCGCGAGGAAGGCGGUACGCCGGAUAUCUUGGGCAGCAUUCGACUUGGCCUGGCGUUCGCGCUCAAGCAACGAGUCGGUACCAAGAAGAUCAUGGCCCAGGAACGUCGUUACGUUCAGCGCGUGCGUGAAUCGGUGGGUGGGAACAAACACAUUGUGUUGCUUGGUCGUCAGAACGACAAGAUCGACCAGUUGCCCAUCUUUUCCAUGAUGGUCCGCUACGGCGACCGCUUCCUUCACCACAACUUUGUGUGUGCACUAUUGAACGAUCUUUUUGGUGUCCAGGCUCGGGGCGGCUGCCAAUGUGCCGGCCCGUUCGGAGCUCGCUUGCUCGGGGUUAGUAAGGAACACACGAUCGCCCUCGGAAAUGCCUUUGUGGAGAAGGAUGAAGUCAUCAAACCGGGUGUCGUACGCAUGAGCUUCCCGUACUUUGCUGACGACGCAGAGGUCGACUACAUUCUAGAUUCGCUAAACUUUGUGGCGGAUCACGGCUGGAAGUUCCUGCCACAGUACGAGUUUGACAUUCAUUCGGCUGCGUGGCAUCAUACGUCGCGGUCUGCGGACAAUCUUCCGACCAAGAGCUGCCUAUCAGAACUGCAGUUCUUCAGCGACGGCACAAACAGCACGUCAACAUCCGAAACUCCUAUUCACAGUAUUGCAGCUCAUCGUCGUGAAAAUCUCGAACAGGCCGCACUGCAGGCGGAUGCGUGCAUGAAGGAGGCGGCUCUGCUGGAUUCCUUCCCUGAGGGCCAAAAGGUGCUCAAGAGCCACGAGUGGCUGCGCUGGUUUGUCUACCCGUACGAGGCUGUAGCGGACUACAAGAAGAACGGCGACAAAGUGGCGCUCACCGACAAGAUUACAGGUCCGUGCCAACCGCAACUCUACGGGGAGGACGCGAUGAACCACAUCUGGGACGGGAUGCCGUCCAUGUCCAAGCUGAAAAGGAGUUGCAUGGGACGGCUGAUGCUCUGUCAUUACAUGUCGACCCCCUGA